CACAGCACCUUUAUUUUUAAAGACCGACAAAACUCCUGUAAGAUUUAAGAAGGAUAUUUCAACACAGGGACACUGUUGACAUAAAGAAAUGAGUUCUGCGGAGGAUCAGCCGCAUGGGACAAAAAGACACGCCGAUCCAGACGAACAGGGAUUUUCCACGUGGGAGACAGUGGACCUGGGCAACGAUGAAAGGAAGCAGAAGUUUUUGCGACUCAUGGGAGCCGGGAAGAAGGAGCACACUGGGCGUCUUGUCAUCGGAGACCAUAAGUCUACUUCACAUUUCCGGACAGGGGCAGAGGACAGGAAGAUAAACUCAGAGCUGGAGCACCAGUAUCAGCAAGGACUCGAUGGGAAGCUGUCGGGAAGGAACAAGAGGCACUGUGGCCUGGGAUUCAGUGAGUCCGACCCUCCUGCGGAGAACCAGAGUGUGACAGAUGGUGAGAGAGCUGGCAGCCCGAAGGACGACGCAGAAAAACAAGGAUCAAACGAAGAGCCGUCAUCGGCAGAGGCGGAGCAGAAGGCAACCAAAGACUGUACCGAGAGCAAGGAGGAGGAGCAGAGGCGUCUUUUCAAAAUGGCGUUUGUCAAAUCAUCGUAACUUCACGGCAAGGGAAACGGAAGAGCUUUUAAUACUUCACUUGUUUUAAGUUGUGUCGUUUUGCAGUCUCCUCGAAGGGGUCUAGUCGUUCUUUUCUUUGGUUCUUCAGUUAAAGCGGAAACAAUUCAAAUUAUUUCAAUAUUUGUCAUGAAUAGAACUCGUCUAUGCUUACAAGGUAAUUAUUUCCCUUGUGCCAAGCUAGUGUGGCCUGAAUCCCAACUGGCUAUACUGGGAAUCUUUUGUUUGUGUAGUUUUUCUUCAUCUCCCACUUUUGGAACACUUUUUUUUUUUUAAACCAGUCUCUGGAAGUAGCGAGGAACAUUUUGUAAUGGAUUAAUGUGCUUGGCAUUCAUUACGUUUAACAGAACAGGAUGGAAUUAGCAUAAUAGGCCUUUUUACAUUCUCUUUGAAGUCCAGAGUGGAGAAUAACAAAUGUAUAUGAACCACUAGCUGAAUAUCAAUAAAAAUGGAAAUACAGUUCUCUGUGGACAGCCUUUGGUGGAUUUCUACAGGGAAGAAACAUCCCCCUUUCCCAGUUUAUUUCAAAACGAGCAGAAUGGCUCCAGUUCCUCUGGCUUGUGCCUACCAGGCUCAUUAUACCACAUGCCAUCACCACUGUUGGCUAUCUUUGGUGGUGUCAGCAAAAGAGGUGAAUGGAUGAAUUACAGGUGUACUGAGUCAAGAACUGAGUGCUUAAUUUACCUUUCUAGCCAAAGAUGAAGUUGCUAGUUGUCAGCUAGCCAGCACUCCCCCCACAGGGCCAAUGCCACCUGUGAUCCUCCUGAGAUACCACCGUUCAUUUUUGUCCACACCAGAGGACAUUUUUAAGUGCAAGUCUCAAACAGGAAAUGCUACCAUGCUGAAAUCCCCAAAAGAUAUUAUAAACCCUUUUGUGCUCGGUCUCAGGAGGAUAUCAGCAAAAGGAGGAUAUGCUUGGGGCCCAGCUCCAUCACAAUCUCCCUCAUGCACAAUGGGUUUUGCUUGAAUUGUGGCCUUGCAGUCUCCAUUGUUGAGGGGGCGGGGGCAGUGCGCAAGUCACGUGUGCACAUCUGGGCAUUGGGGAAGUAUCAAAGAGAACCACGCCAUGGGUCCAGUCCCAGAUCCAUAGCCCAACAACCAAGCAGCCUCAAUUUCCCCCAUGUGAGGCAAACAAAUAGCACUGAGCUGCAACAGGGUCCCUUUCUUUGGAGAAUCCUGUUGGACGCAGCAUGAAAAGGGAGCGUUUUCAAAGGGCUCCGUGUCUCCAUUCCAAGUGUCCUACAUGUACAGAUGUGCAUUAUGGAGGACUUGCUCCAGUUUUCCCUCUGUUGUCUUUAAAUGAAAAUAAUUAGUUUGAUGAUAUGCUGCAUGUAGAGCACAAUCAAGAGUUGGCUAUGCUGCCAGACAAUGUAAUUAUAAAAAUCUACUUUUAAACGAAUGCUCAGCUUGGCAUGAAGGUCGUUUGGAGUUUUGAAAGAAAAAAAAAAAAAAUCCAUAGUUUCAUGUUAGAAAUUCAAUGCUGCAAACACAGCAACACAUGAUCAUAACCCACCUUCACAGAGGAGAAUAUGGAGGUAUGUGAAAUUAAAAAUGCCCUUUUAAAUGAAAAACCUUUGAACUUAAACAUUGCAAAGUUUUUUCUUUCCCCUACACCCGCCUCCUCCGCUACCUUCUCUGUAUUGAAAGUUCAUCUCUGUUGGUUUGAGUCCACUAAAGUUAGAAUCCCUUUUCAAAUAAUAGAAUGAAGUAUAAAGAGGUCAAAGCAGUCAAUAAAAAUGUUCAAAGAGAAUCUUUGGAACUAUGAUGUGGACAUUUUGUACUUCUCCUUUGUACCUCAAUACUAUGAAGAAAAGGUUACUUUACUGCACAUGUUUUUAUGCCAUAAAAACUUUUUCCGUUCCUCCUCAUUGCCAUCUACAGUACACCUUGCAUAAUUUCCACCCUAAUUCUUUUUUGGCU